AUGCCAGUUGUGCCCUUCGGAAAACCCUUCCGCGAAAAGUACUUCACCAAGCUUGAUCCCGAUAUCUACCCCGUAAAUCACGGAUCUUACGGGGUAUCGCCGGACCCAGUCUCAGAUGCAUACAUCGAGGCCAUUAAUUUUUCUGCCAGGUAUCCCGAUCGGUUCUAUCUAACCGAGCACAAGAAGCAGUACUACGAGGCAGUAAGAGUGGUGUCGGAGUUCUUAAAGGCAGAGUAUGGAAGCUUGACCAUCGUGGACAAUGCCACGGCUGCUGUGAACACCGUGUUGAGAAGCUACCCCUUUCAGAAGGGAGACAAGAUCGCGUACUCCAGCACCACCUACGAUAGCUGCAACUACACCCUCCAGUUUUUGAAGAACAGGGUGGGUGUGGAGUUGAUCGAGGUCCCCACGCUCUACCCCAGCGAUGAUGACGAGAUCGUCGCCAAGUGGACUAAGUUGUUCGAGUCGGAAGACCGUCCUAAGCUUGCGCUUUUCGAUACCAUCAUUUCCCAGCCAUGUGCCCGGGUUCCGUUCGAGAAAUUGACGGCGUUGUGCAAGCAGUACGGGGUGUUGUCGUUGAUCGACGGAGCCCAUUCCGUAGGGCUAAUCCCCAUUGACUUGGAAUCGCUCCAGCCCGAUUUCUACUGCUCCAAUCUCCACAAGUGGUUCUAUCUUCCACCAGGUUGCUGUGUGCUUUAUGCCGACAAAAAGCACCACCAUGUGAUCCACACCAUGCCGAUCUCCAACAUGUAUUUGGACGAUAGCGUGGAGUUGUCGCCCCAAUUAGAAGCCACCAGGUUCAUCGACCGUUUCUCGUUCGCUGGAACAAAGUGCUACGCCCAUUUGGCUGCGAUCCCCAAGGCCAUUCAGUUUAGAGAAGAAGUCUGUGGAGGCGAAGAGGAAAUUUGGAAUUACUGCCAUGGAUUGGCCCAAAAAGUCGCCGAAUACGUUUCCUCCAAGUGGAACACUUCGUACUUGAAACACACGGUGACCACCAUGGUCAACGUGGAGAUCCCCUACCAGGAAUUAGGACUUGAUAUCGAUCUUCUUGCAAGAAACGUGGGCGCAGUCACCAAGUUCUACUUGACAAAGUCCCUCCACGAGUACAAGACCCAUGCUCCGUGUAUCGCACACAACGGCAAAUUAUACGUCCGGUUCUCGUGCCAGAUCUACAACGAGUUCGAGGACUACGUGUAUGCCAGCGACAAGGUGUACAAAAUCUUCCAAGAAUUGGUCAAAAGCGAUUUGUACAAGUCCUUCAAGUAG